UCCGUGCACACUUGUGCGUAAGCUUAAAGGUUAUAAGUGUUGAAGAAUCCGAUUGACUCGGGGUAAUAUAAAGGCAACGAAAACCAAGCUGGCAAGAAGUUGUCUGGUGGGGAAACAGGUUUUCCUCCCGGUUAACUCCUUGUACAAGAGGCGAAGAACUAACAUGUGGCGGGGAUGAAGCGGACAACGGUACUUUUUUCUUUACUCCGGCACAGUCGAGACAAUGUAGGAAUAUAAUUUUUAUACACGCUUUACACGCUUACAAUACGAUGCUAUCGAAGGGAAGAGCAGACAGAUUGGAAUGAGAAUCGUCGCGAUAAAAACUUUCUGGGCCUCGCGGUUGCUUUAAACAAUCACAAUGAAAGAAGAGCGGAGCAAUGUAAACGGGAGAAAGAGCGAUGUUGGAUUAAAAGCAAAAGUUCUCGACACCAAAGUUAAAGUAUUAGCAAAGAUAUUCUUCUUCGCAAUAGUGGCGCCCGCAUUUCUCUAUACGCUCUUUUUCUUAUUUUUGCAUUAUCAGUCUAAUUUAAUAAAAAUCCAAGUAAAGGAAAUCACCACGAAAGAAAAACGACCGACUUACUGGGUAUAUGCCAAGGAGCCCAGUACCGGCUAUUUGAAACACGUAUUUGCGGUGCUGGAUAGACUCGGAUUUAAACGUGGAAAUAAUGAAUCAGAUUGGGACUUACUUUGGGCACACGACUAUCCUUUUAGGACAUUAUAUUCUUCGUUAAGUAAUUUAAGGAUUCAUCAAAGAGUUAAUCAUUUUCCUGGAUGUGGCUACAUCACUAACAAAGUCGAUCUUUCAACGACGGAAGGGCAAUUUCUCCCAAGAGCCUACAAAAUUCCAGAAAAUCGCAAUGAACUAUUGCAAUACUUGAAGGAGCACCCUGAUAAGAUUUUUGUGCAGAAAUCAAACGCCCAUAGAGGUAUAAAAAUACAGAAAAUACACGAUUUAAAUUUGACGGCGGAUGGUUCGUUUGUGCAAGAAUUCAUAGAGAAUCCGUUUUUGGUUGACGGAUAUAAAUUCGAUAUUGGAAUUUAUACGGUUAUAAGCUCCAUCGAUCCACUAAGGAUAUAUGCCUAUAAAGGAGAUAUACUCUUUCGUUUUUGUCCAGUUAAGUAUUAUCCCUUCGAUCCCGAAGUGAUUGAUAAGUACGUCGUCGGGGAUGAUUACUUGCCGAUCUGGAAUGUGCCUUCGCUUAAAAAUUACUAUAAAAAUCUGGGAUUUUCCAUGAAAGAGUCUUUUGACUCUUACGUUCGUUUACAAGGAAAGGAUCCUCAGAAGAUGUGGAAUAAUUGUUUCGAAGCAAUUAGAAGUGUCGUUCUUCAAAAGGAGUAUCAAAUGCGUCAAAUUCUUAAACGCUUUAAGGGGGGUACCAAUUUCUUUGAAUUGGUCAGAUUCGAUUUCAUGAUCGAUGAAAAUCUUAAUGUAUUCAUGAUGGAGGCGAAUAUGUCGCCAAAUUUAUCUUCCGCGCAUUAUCCACCGAAUCAACUGCUGUACGAACAAGUUCUAUAUAAUUUAUUCGCUUUAAUAGGAGUGGGACAGCGUGUGCGAAAAGAUUCUUUAAAAAUAAGAAAUUCUGAAGAAGAAGAUAUGAUAAUAGCUGAUAAAAAUUUAGUUGUUUUGCCGGAAAUCUGCUCAAACUGCGACGAUUGCUUUAGAAUAGAAUGCCAAUUAUGCAAACAAUGCUUCACCGAAGAAAUAAGGCAUACUUUAUCACAAAGUUAUUGGGAGCAUAAUAACAAAAUGGAUUAUUUGAGAAUUUUUCCACCGCCCAUAACGCAAAAUAUGAUUUUGAAAGAUUAUUCCCUGAAGAAUCAGUUAUUAAUUCGAUGGUAUCAAGGAAAGUGCGAACUUGAUCCAACGUGGUGUAAAUAAAAUUGAAAAAACUUAUUAUGUCGAGAGUGCUUGUGCAAUUUUAAUAUUUAUUGAUAUGAUGCGCGAAAAUUUUUUUGUAUGUUUUCGACUAUUA